AUGGAUGUUGGACAGAAGACUUAUAAUUGUUAUGAUUAUGGUAAAGUUUUUAACCAGUCUCCAAAACUUAUUCAACAGCAGAAUAUUCAGACUAAGCAGAAACAUUGCAAGUGUAAUACAUGUGGAAAAGUCUUUAGUAACUCACCAAAUCGAAGUAGACAUAGGAAAAUUCAUACAGGAAGAAAAUAUUUCAAAUGUUCAGCAUGUGGGCAAACCUUUAAUCAGAGUUCCUAUUUAACUGAACAUCUGCGAAUCCAUGCUGGGAAGAAACUAUACAAAUGUACAGAAUGUGAGAAAGUCUUUAUCUGCUGUUCAUGUGUUACUCAACAUCAGCAAAUUCACACUAGGGAGAGACCUUAUAAAUGUACAGAGUGUGGCAAAGCCUUUAUCCAUUUUUCACUUCUUACUCGACAUCAACGAAUACAUUCUGGGGAGACACCUUAUAAAUGUACAGCAUGUUGCAAAGCCUUUAUCCGUUAUUCACUUCUUACUCGACAUCAACGAAUCCAUACUGGGGAGAGACCUUAUAAAUGUACAGCAUGUGGCAAGGCUUUUAAGCACAGUUCAAAUUUAACUCAACAUCACCGAAUCCAUACUGGGGAGAGACCUUAUAAAUGUACAGCAUGUGGCAAAGCCUUUAUCCGUUAUUCACUUCUUACUCGACAUCAACGAAUCCAUACUGGGGAGAGAACUUAUAAAUGUACAGCAUGUGGCAAGGCUUUUAAGCACAGUUCAAAUUUAACUCAACAUCAGCGAAUCCAUACCGGGGAAAGACCUUAUAAAUGUACAGCAUGUGGCAAGGCUUUUAAGCACACUUCAAAUUUAACUCAACAUCAGCGAAUCCAUACCGGGGAAAGGCCUUAUAAAUGUACAGACUGUGGCAAAUCCUUUUCCCACAAUUCAGGUCUUUCUCGACAUCAGAGACAAGUAAUCCAUACUGGAGAGAAAUCUUAUAAAUGUAAAGAAUGUAGAAAAGCCUUCAGUCACUACUCAACUCUUACUAAACACCAGCGAAUUCAUACUGGAGAGAAGCCUUAUAAAUGUAAGGAUUGUGGCAAAGAAUUUAACCAGUGCUCAGCUCCUACUUACCAUCAGAGAAUUCAUACUGGAGAGAAACCUUAUAAAUGUACAGAAUGUGGGAAAUCCUUUAGUCAGAACUCAACUCUUACUCAACGCCAGUGAAUUCAUACUGGGGAGAGGGCUUAUAAAUGUAAGGAUUGUGGCAAAGACUUUAGCAAGCACUCAGGUCUUACUUACCAUCAGAGAAUUCAUACUGCAGAGAAACCUUAUAAAUGUAAAGAAUGUGGAAAAGCCUUCGGUCACCACUCAAGUCUUAUUCAACACCAGCGAAUUCAUAACGGAGAGAAACCUUACAAAUGUAAAGAAUUGAGGACCGGCUCUUUAGACCACUUCUCCCUUGUGUCCCAGAACCUUGUCUCCCUUGUCUGUAGGGAGCAUGAUGAAUUCUGGCUUUCUAUAGAGCAUGAUGAAUUCUCAACCUGA